AUGCCGGAAUUGGUAGGAAAGAAGAUUGGUCCAACAGGUUUCGGCCUCAUGGGCUUGCCACUUCGUACUCCCCCGCUCCCCGAGUCCCAAAUCUUCUCCACGCUCCGCGCGGCGGUCGAGACAGGCUGCAACUUCUGGAACACGGGCGAGUUCUACGGCACGCCGGACCGCAACACGCAGACCAUGAUGGCGGCGUACUUUCGCAAGUACCCCGAGGACGCGGCCAAGGUGGUGCUGAGCGUCAAGGGCGCCUUCGCGUUCGGGCCGAUGGUGGGCGACGGGCGGCCCGAGGCAAUCAAGGCCAGCAUCGACAAGAUCCUGCACGACCUCGACGGGACGAGGAAGACGAUCGACGUCUUCGAGAUGGCCCGCGUCGACCCCAGCGUGCCCCUGGAAGUGUCGCUCAAGUACCUCGACGAGGAGUACGUCCGGAAGGGGAUCGUGGGCGGGAUCGCCCUGAGCGAGGUCUCGGCCGACACGGUCCGCCGGGCCGCGGCCAUCACCACCGUCGUCGCCGUCGAGGUCGAGCUGAGCCUGUGGUCGACGCACGUCCUGGAGAACGGCGUCGCCGCCGCCUGCGCCGACCUCGGCAUCCCCCUGGUCGCCUACUCCCCGAUCGGCCAGGGCAUGCUGACCGGCCAGAUCAAGUCCCUCGACGACCUGGCCCCGGACGACCUGCGCCGCAUGUACCCCCGGUUCCAGCCCGACGCCUUCCCCGUCAACAUGCAGCUCGUGGCGCGGGUCGAGGCCCUGGCCGCACAAAAGGGUUGCACCCCGGCCCAGCUCGCCCUGGCCUGGGUCAGGAGCCUCGCGGACAAGCCCGGCAUGCCCGUCAUCAUCCCCAUCCCGGGCUCGACGACGCCCGGUCGGGUGCGAGAAAAUGCCGUCGAGGUCAAAUUGACCCCUGCGGACUUGGCUGGCAUCGAUGAUAUUCUGGCAAAGUUCACCGUUGUGGGACGUCGGUAUCCUGACUCCAUUCCCAUCGAUGGGUGA